CUGCUGCAGAGAAGGAACUCCCUGAUUGAACUGUAUCUGCUAAUCCUUCGACGAUGGCGAUGACAGUUUAACGUGUCGAAUAAGUUCCCUCGUCCGUUUCUUGAGACCCUUUUAGUUCUUGACACUCUUCUCCGCUGUUGCGUGAGUCCUCAGACCCUGAAAUCUCAAUCCUCCACGGAGCAGAAAAGCCACUUCCUUUGGUCUCCGUCUUUACAUUUCUAAUCAAAAGGGUCGCUUGAGCACUUAAAUCGUCCAGAUAUCUAAAGCAGUUUGAUUUUUAGUUCCUUUUCUCCAUAUUGCUUCGCUGGAAAAAUAAUACCAGGGGUUUAAUAUCUAUUUGAUCCCGUGAAAAAUACUCGUGAGAGAAGAGUGCCAAAAAAAAAAAAGGCUAGAUGAGGGAGAAACUGAGUUUUUUGUUGGGUGUUUGGAUUUUUUUGUUUGGUUUUUGUGCUGGUAGGUUUGUGGUGGAGAAGAACAAUUUGAAAGUCACUUCUCCGAAAUCAUUAAGGGGCGUGUAUGAGUGUGCGAUCGGGAACUUUGGAGUUCCCAAGUAUGGAGGAGCCAUGAUAGGCUCUGUGGUAUACCCCAAGACGAAUCAGAGGGGAUGCAAGAGCUUUGAUGAUGACACUUUAUUUAAGUCAAAGCCCGGAAGCUUUCCAGUCAUUCUUCUUGUGGAUCGGGGAGAUUGUUACUUCACGUUGAAGGCCUGGAAUGCACAGAAUGGUGGAGCAGCAGCUAUUCUUGUUGCAGAUGACAGACUAGAACCAUUGAUCACCAUGGACACUCCUGAAGAGGGGUCUGUGGCAAAUGAUGAAUAUGUGCAGAAGAUUAGUAUUCCUUCUGCCCUUAUCAGCAAAUCAUUGGGGGAUAGCAUCAAGAAGGCUUUGUCAAAUGGAGAGAUGGUUACCAUAAAUCUUGAUUGGAGUGAGACGCUUCCACAUCCUGAUGAGAGAGUCGAGUAUGAGUACUGGACAAACAGCAAUGAUGAGUGUGGACCAAAGUGUGACAGUCAAAUUAAUUUUGCCAAGAACUUUAAAGGGGUAGCUCAAUUACUUGAACAGAAAGGGUUCACUCAGUUUACCCCUCACUACAUAACUUGGUAUUGCCCUGAGGCAUUUAUCUUGAGCAAACAGUGUAAGACUCAGUGCAUAAACCAUGGGAGAUAUUGUGCUCCAGAUCCCGAGCAAGAUUUCAGUAGAGGAUAUGAUGGUAAAGAUGUUGUUGUUCAAAACCUACGUCAAGCAUGCUUCUUUAAAGUGGCAAAUGAAAGCGGAAAACCUUGGAAAUGGUGGGACUAUGUGACAGACUUUGCAAUCCGUUGUCCAAUGAAAAAGAAUAAGUACACCGAAGAAUGCUCUGAUCAAGUUAUCAAAUCUCUUGGGGUAGAUCUGAAAAAGAUUAAAGAUUGUGUUGGAGAUCCUACUGCGGAUGUUGAAAACCCUGUUCUCAAAGCUGAACAGGUUGCGCAGAUUGGCAAAGGUUCUCGGGGUGAUGUUACUAUAUUGCCUACUCUUGUUAUAAACAACAGGCAGUAUAGAGGUAAGUUGGAAAAAGGAGCAGUUCUCAAGGCAAUCUGUGCAGGUUUCCAGGAGACCACAGAGCCAGCUAUUUGCUUAACUUCAGAUAUGGAAACAAACGAGUGUCUGGAAAACAAUGGUGGUUGCUGGCAGGACAAAUCUACUAAUAUCACUGCAUGCAGGGAUACUUUCCGAGGAAGAGUGUGUGAAUGCCCUAUUGUUCAAAAUGUCAAGUUUAUUGGUGAUGGAUAUACGCACUGUGAAGCCUCUGGAACCUUGCGCUGUGAACUCAACAAUGGAGGUUGUUGGAAGGAAACCCGAGGUGGUAGGAUGAACUCUGCUUGUGUCGAUGAACAUACCAAUGGUUGCAAAUGUCCGCCUGGAUUCAAGGGUGACGGAGUCCACUCUUGUGAAGAUGUGGAUGAGUGUAAAGAGAAGUUGGCCUGCCAGUGCCCAGAGUGCAAAUGCAAGAAUACCUGGGGGGGUUAUGAAUGCAGCUGCAGUGGCAACUUGGUCCACAUGCAAGAAAGUGACACGUGUAUUGCUAAAUAUAGCUCCUCAGUGACCACCGGGGGUUUUAUUUGGAUGAUGAUUUUCAUCUUGGCUGCUGUUAGUGCUGGGGGAUAUGCGUUUUACAAGUACAGAGUCCAGAGCUACAUGGAUUCUGAGAUAAGGGCAAUUAUGGCCCAAUACAUGCCCUUGGAUAACGAAGCAGAGGUCCCUAAUAAUCAACUUCAUCAUGACAUCUAGAUGAUGGGAGCCGGAUAUCAAGUACGAAUUCUGGGAAAUCCUCUCAGGGUGUUUAGUUUAAUACCAGUAGGUGAUCAGGCUAGAUAACCUGAGACUCCUUGCACAAAAAUGAUUUGAGUUAUUACUUCUGUUAUUAGCUUUGUAAAUUUUAAUCCGUCUUGUCCUGACAGUCUACGUUCUGAGUUAGCGAAAGUCAUGCCAUUUCUCU